CGCAGCUGCCGGAGAGGGGGAGGGGCGGUGGAAGUGGAGGGGGGAGGCGGCAGGAAAAUCUCGGCCGCCGGCCGCGCCGCCUCCAGUGCUGACGCAGGUGCGCCGCGUUCCGAACGCGAGCAGUCUCCAGCUGGACAAAGGAGCUCUAUCCAGCAGGGGAGCGACAGCAGACCGUGCCGUUACCCAGCCUUCGUUCUACUCCCACCGACUGGAAAGUCGGCCGCGCUCGCGUCCAGAUAUUACGUGAGCUCACCUUCGCUGCCUGCCUUCCUAAAGGAGACACACAAAAAAAUUGAACGGCGCGUGUGAAAUUUAGCAUACUUCGCUCUUUCGUCAAUGAACAGUUCAGUCUGUGCCUGGCAUCAGUAAUAUCGACGCCACAGAUACAUUAAAAGGCGUAUAUUGUGUGAAAUAUAGCCGUGUGGGCACCAUCGCAGAUGUCCGACAAGCGCCGUGUGGUACGAAACAAUCCGAACAUUUACUAAUUCGUUAAAAAUUCCUCACUAUAACUCUUCUUCGUACUGCACUGCGAAAAAUGUCAGUAAUCUCGUAAUCUUGCCCUUUUUUCUGCACACUAUAACUGCGUAAAGAACAGAACAGUCGGCUAGCUCGCUUCGCCGUGCUAUCCGCGAGUUGUUUGUUGCCGAGACACUGCCGGCCGAGUUCGCAGAUAUUAACUCGUGUGACAAUUGCCGAGCGCCAACGACGUUACUCGACAAGUUCGGGAAACACCUGAAGUGCGACUCUCGGUGAGACUGCGACGCUACGAUUCGCAGACAAUUUACGUGCUCCGUCGGCAUUUCGUAACGAACGGCGAGAAAGAAAAUAAACUCGAGGUGCGAUUGUCGGCGGGUCAGCGACAAUAAGAGUGCUAAUAGUGCUCCGGCGAUGUUACGUAACGAGUAAGAGGGAAAGCAAAAACAUCUGUGGUUUGUACUGUGAAGCGGCAGCCAUUACAGACGACGGAAUGGCGGCUGGAGAAUCGUGUGUCGUUCGCGUGACGCGCGGGCGUGAGUGAGUCAGGUGUUGGCGUCGCUUCGAUCGAGCGAGACACGCGGUGAAAGGAGCUGACUCGCAACAUGCUGUGCGGCAUUUCUCGGCCGCGCAGGGCGCCCUCCUGCGUCGACGGUUUCGCCGAGGAUCGGGAUAAGGAUAAGGAUAAGGACACGGGACACUGCAGGACCUGCGGCAGGAGUCCUGUCAUGGCGCCCAGGAACACACAGGGCCUGGACAGCGUGGCGCAAUGCGCGAUGCGGCCACUCAACUCGCAUCUCAACACGCCGCGGAUAGACAGCUACAGGUUCAGCAUGGCCAACCUAGAGGACUCGCAGGAGACGGAGCUGGACGCCAUCUUGGGCGAGCUGUGCGCCCUGGAGACGCAGUGCGACCAGGCGCUGAGUGCGAACGCCGCCGCCAGGCGGCAGCACCUGCAGCCCAAGCCCGCGCCCGCGGCCGUGGUGCGGACGGACAGCCCCGACAAUGACUCCGCCUUCUCGGACAAUGUAUCGAUGCUCUCCAGCGAGAGUUCGGCGUCCAGUGGCGGCAGCGGCGGGCGGGUGGUGGGCGCGUCCGGAGCUGCCGAUCCCGGGAAGACGGGGCAGCCCGUCUCGCCGACGUCGCAGAUGGACGUGGCGAGCCGUGCCAAGGCGGAGAAGAUAAAGAUCGCACUGGAGAAGAUGCGGGAGGCGAGCGUGAAGAAGCUCUUCAUCAAGGCGUUUGGCGGCGACGGCAGCUCCAAGAGCUUGCUGGUGGACGAGUCGAUGACGGCGGGCCACGUGGCGCGGCUGCUCGCCGACAAGAACCACACCACCAUGGACCCGGGCUGGGCCGUCGUCGAGCACCUGCCCGAGCUGCACAUGGAGCGUGCCUACGAGGAUCACGAGCUGCUGGUGGAGAACCUGCUGAUGUGGACCCGCGACUCGAAGAACAAGCUGCUGUUCGUGGAGCGGCCCGAGAAGGUGGCGCUCUUCACCGGCCCGGAGCUGUUCCUGCUGCCGCCCGGGCAGCGCGGCUGCGCGCAGUCGGACUUCGACGACCACUCCCGCACCCUGCUGCUCGAGGAAUUCUUCUCGGGCGGAGCGGGCGUGCCGGAGGUGGAGGGCCCGCUGUUCCUCAAGUCGGAGUCGAAGAAGGGCUGGAAGCGGCACCACUUCGUGCUGCGCGCCUCCGGCCUCUACUACCUGCCCAAGGAGAAGGCGCGCGGCGGCGGGGGCGGGUCCUCUGCCCGCGACCUCGCGCACCUCGCCUCCUUCGACGUCAACCAGGUCUACUACGGCGUGGGCUGGCGCAAGAAGUACAAGGCGCCGACCGACUUCUGCUUCGCCAUCAAGCACCCGCGCCUGCAGCAGCCCAAGUCGACCAAGUACAUCAAGUUCCUGUGUGCCGAGGACGAGGCCUCGCUGCACCGGUGGGUCGUCGGCAUCCGCCUCGCCAAGUUUGGCCGCCAGCUGAUGGACAACUACCGGGCGCUGGUGGACGAGCUGGCGCAGGACGACCUGGACCAGCUGGCGCAGGCGCGCUCCUGCUCCGUCAGUUCCAUCGCGCCCGCGCUCGGGGGCGGCGGCGCGCGGUCCGGCGGGACCGGGGGCGCGGGCUCGCCCUCGGACUCGCCCGGCGGGGGCGGGGGCACGGCGGCGGACGCCGUCUCGACCGGCUCCAGCUCCAGCGGCUGCCUGAGCGACGGGUGCUGCGGCAGUGCGGCCGGCAGCGGCGGCACCGCCUCCACGCUCUCCGGCAACACAGCGGCUGCCGGGUUCGAGUGCGACUUCCCGACGACAGGCACGAUCAAGCGGAAGCCGUCGGUGAACCCGAAGCUGCCGCUGACGUCGAUCACGCGACAGCUGAAGGAGGUGGGCGAGACGGUGGCCUGCACCCCGUCGACGCCUUCUCCCUCGACGGCGGCCACCACGCCCACGUCCGUCUUCUCCCCGUCGGUCGACCUGGCAGAUUCUGUGAACGUCAACGUGGGCACUGUCCAGAGAGCAGGUUCGGUGCGGAGGCGGCGGUCGUGCCAGACGCCGUCGACGCCGGACGGCGGGGGCGGCGCAGACGGCGGCAGCAACUCGAGCACCCUCAAACGGCACCACAGCGUCGGGGGCGGGUCGGCUCGGAGCUCCGCCUCCGCCUCCUCGUCCAGCUCGUCCACCCCCGUCAGGGAGCCACCCCCACCGCUGCCUGUGCCGGCAGAGUCGGAGGUGGAGGAGGAGCUGCCGCCGCCCCCGCCGGACAUGUUCGAGAGCACGCUGAGCCUGGACUCGCUGCCGCCCCCCGCCGCCGCCGCAGCCGGCCGAGCUGUCGGGCAGCCGGCUGAGCCUGGCCUCUCUGCCCCCGCCGCCUCCGCCUUACCGCCCGCCGCCCCCGGCACCGACGCCCGCGCCGCCCUCGGAUGUCUCCGCCCCGACAGACUGCCCGUCGCCGAUGCGCCGGGGGCCGCUCGCCGCCCCUCCUCCGGUGUACUCGGCGCCUCCGUACCUGGCGGAGCUGAAGGCGGCGGGUGCGGCGCCGUGCGGCCAGCCGGGGUCUCCACUGGCGAGCAGGCGGCCCGGGUCCCCGCCGCCUCCGACGCCGCCCCCGGCGACGCCUCGCAGCCCCGUGCCGCUCGCCGAGACGCAGCAGAGGUCGCGCACUGCCGGGAAGAAGAUCUCAUUCGCCAUCCCGGCAGAGAGCCCGGGGGCGGACGGCACGCGGUCCCUGCCGCCCCCCGCCUCCCGCAAGCCGCCGCCGCCCCGCCGGUCGGAGUCGACGCGGCUGACGACGCUGCCGGCUCCGCAGCAGCUGGCCCCACCCCCGAAGGACUUCCUGAAGGACCUGCAGAGGGUCAUGAAGAAGAAGUGGCAGGUCGCACAGAAGUGCAAGGCGGACCUGUCGACGACACCGCACGAGGUGCUCGGAUUCCGCGACGCGCCUCCCCCGCCGCUGCCGCCUCCGGACGUCCGGCGGGAGAACAGUGUGCUGGACUGGGUGCAAGAGCACUACGGGGGCGGCGGGGGCGGUGCGCCCCACCAGUACAACCUCUACGAGAACGUCUACCUGGUGGGGGGCGGCGGGUCACCCGCCCACGCGCCGCCCGCCGUCAACGGCCAGCACUGCCUGCCGUACCGUCACCACCCCCACCCCCAGCACCCGGACGGGGCACCGCCCCCGACAGCUGUGGACUACCGAGCAGGUCCAGCUCCGGGCUCGCGGCUCUCCCGUCAGAACAGCGUGGCGGCCGCCAUCGCCGCCAAGAAGAGGCCACCUCCGCCGCCCCCGAAGCGCUCGGAGACGACGCAGCUGACGACGGCGGUCCCGCCGCACGCGCGGGCGCCCCUGCCGCCGCCCCCACCGCCGCACCCCUCGCGCUGACGCCGCCCAAACGGCCGGUAGAGCUGCGCCCCCGGCCGUCCCCGCGGCCGUCGCCACCACCCUUGCGGACUCAUCUGACGGCCGGCGGGGUCGUGCCGGGGUCACGGGAAGUGCGCGCCUCGGAGGGACGCCCGUCUCUACGUCUACGGUCUUCGGAAACUGUGACGAACAGGACGAGUCGACAGUCGAGUUACGGGGCGGUCACUCUGGUUUUCCGGUAACCUCACUACCGUUUGCCAAAGUUUUUUCGCACGUACGGUGGCCGAGGGACCCGCCACCGCACGACAGCUGUAGUCGGACCGUCCCUACGGCGGUCGGACCGAGCCCUCGGUGUCGGAGUGACUUUUUGUAAAUAUUGUGCCGCAGCUACGGAUCGGCAGGCGGCCACCUCUAGUGUGCGGGGAGAACGGUUCUCACGGUCGACGGUAUCUUGUCCGACAUUUUCUUUUUACUGCGAAUAUUUUGCAGUGCAGAAAUGUACAUGGGUAUACUAGUUUCCAGCAGAAUUGUAUGUUAAUGAGCUUCAGAGUUUCUGAGAAAGAAAAUUCAUCGAUCGACAGUUGACGACGAUAUUCCGGGAAAUAAAUCUUGCUCUGUUAUAAUUCACUUCGGUUUCUAUCUAUUUGUUCUGAGGGUAAAGGCCCCAUCGUCGGACGCUUCUCGCCACGGUACAGCCCUCGAGGGACCGCCGAGUAGUGAACACUGCACGGACAUGGUGACGAUUGUGAUGUCGGUGAUAAUUUUAUACCGAAACUUCGGCUGCGAACCGGGUUACGACAGAACGAUCUGACGCUCGUGACACGUAGACCCCACCCACUCUUACCGAGCUAUCCCACUGUCUGUCUACGAGGAAGUAACGGACACUCUUGAGAGGUGGGAUACUUUUCCCGCCUGCCGCGUAUGUCGUAUUUCCGAGUGUUCGGAGCUGUGCCUGCCGAACGUAAAUACGAGGCCGACGAUUGUGCCACUAUAUUUUCUGCUUUUGAAUAGAUAACUGAGAAAAGAAUUCAGUUGUAGGUACAGAAGAUUUAUUUUGCGAAAUAAAACAGUGUCCGUGUUCAUCAAAUACAGUCGAGGUUUCAUUUCCCGAUUGCUCCAAAUUCUCUGUCCGUAAUAGCUCGCCGAACGGGUCUGUAAUUCUCGUCUACAAUGGGUCUCUGUUGCACCGGACGUCAGCUGUAGGGAGCCGAGGCGCGUUAUUCCGUUCCCCAGCGUCAGCCAGAAUAAAUUUCGUCCCCGGUCAGAUCGCACGAUCUCGGAGUGCUGCCCCGUGAGCCGAGAAAGUGAACGGUGUGUACUGCUGCAGCGAGAGACCGGCGUGAGGUGCAGGCUGCUACACCACACCGGAACUGGACAUUCUCGCCACGAGACACGGCCGGGGCAUCGCGCGGAAGGGGUGGCCGGCACAUGGCGGACGGUUUGUCGCACGGAGGGGGGCACUGAGCGAGGAAGAAGCAGCACUGGCGAGCAAAGAGAGAGAGAGAGAGAGAGAGAGAGAGAGAGAGAGAGAGAGAGAGAGAGAGAGAGAGACUCUUUCUGAAGAAGUUGUAACAUUGUUCAUAGAUAUGAAAGAAAUCCAGCAAUCAUUCAGAAGACCUCACUAACCGUUCCAGUAGUAACAGUAUUACCUAGUGGAAAAUUCUUAUGUUCACUGUUUUUCAGUAGUAGGUGGAAUGAGUUGGACUGUUCGUGCGAAUGAUGCACACUAACAUGUGUGUCCUGUCAUAAGUUCUCUCUCUCUCUCUCUCUCUCUCUCUCUUUCUUUCACACACACACACACACACACACACACACACACACACACACAAUAACAUAGUAAUAAACUGGAAUAUUCGCUCAGUGUCUUUAAGAGUCGUGGACUCGGAAUCUUCUUUCAGUGCUGCUGAAGAACGCAAACACUCUCUUGUUCCGAGUGCAGGUUUGUGCAGUCAACUCGGUUCAAAUGUGUUUCGUUUGACGUCCUCUGGUGCAGUUUGCUUUUGUGAAAUGAGAAUUUGAGAAACAAUCGUACGUGUAAGAGAGGUCGAACUGAAAUAACCAACUGAGCAGUUACAUUUUUUUUCUACAUAUAUGGGUAGUCUGCAUAAACAUUGUGUCACGCUACACGUCGGUGGUGCGUUCGGACUCUCGUCUCCCGUGCCUCUGUUUUGGGUGCUUCUAGUUGAGGGAAACUUUCUGUAAUGAUCUCCAGUUGUUUGUAUAAAAUAUAUAUAUAUGUAUAUGUAUGGACAGUAGUACAGGCCUCGUACUUGAGCAAGACUUUUUAUUAGUCUGUUUUUUAUAACGACGGUGCUUCUAACUUUAAAUUUAAAUUUUGCCGUAGAAUCCGCUUUUUGUAUGUACACAUGUGAUGUAUGUCUAAAAGGAUCGCCAUUCGUAUCGGUAGCUGUCGAUACACAGACAGUACCGGAUCAAUGACACCUUUUUACACGUAGAUUGUAUCGGAACUUUUGUGAUAUAUUUUCGUGUAAAAAUUGUAGCUAAGUAGGCGUUUCUCCUCUGGACCCAGGUGUACCGCACACAUCGAACGAGAGAAACGUGGUACCCGUUCCCUUACCCUCUCUCUUAGUGAUGUGAAUUUGUAUCCCAGAAAAUUUCCUCCUCCUCCUCCUCCUUCUCCUCCUCGUCCCUAGACAAUUUUCAGUACUCUGGAUGUAUUUCUGAAUCGUAGAAGAAGAAAUUCCUGCCAUCGAUAAGUAGAACAAACUGCUGACUUACAUGUAUAAAAUGAUGCACAAAUACGGUAAAUGUGACUACUGGUUUUGUACUAGUUUUUUUAAUUUUCUACAAAGGCAAUGUCACUUACGUUCAUUUUUAUAUGUAUACGUAUUAUAUAGAUGAAAUAUAACUCAGUGAUGGACUUUUAUCCUAAAUAUAUCAUCUGUUGUAUGUUGUUCUAAUAAUGCUGUGUAUAGAUCGAGAUGUGAUGUGGGGAAAACAUUUCGGACGUGUUGUGACUACAGCUGUAAAUAAUACAGAUUUUUGUAAACGAGGAUCGCUUUUAAAUUUUCACCCUCCAGCAUCGGAGGACACGCAUUUCAGACUGUGAUGGGGCGUAAACACAUUAUUGGUUUACCUUUCGGAAUUUGAUUCAGAUACGUACAGGAAAGAGUUUGGAAGGAAAUGUUACGUCUCGGAGAGCUCCUUAAUGUUCUAAAGAAUUCAUUAAUUUCUCUUCGGGAUUCUGUUAUUAAAAAUGUCAUUUAUACUGCCAAUUGUAAUGUAGAAUUGACAGGCUGGGGCCAAAACUCACUUGUAAAAAUUGUUUACAGUUUUGGAACUACUACGACAAGUGAAAAUCUCCCGAGACUGCACGGAAACUUAAUUUGCAAUAGUGUGCUUUCCAGAUGACAUUCGUACUUAAGUAUGUUACCAUUUGCCGACACUGUUAUUUCAUUUGUAAGAAAGAAAGUGUUGCGACUAGUUAUCACUACUACAUACUGAUGUUUUCAAAGUAAACUAUACCUGAAAUGAU